AUGGUGCUAAUGGGGGGUUAUCCGGUGUCAUUCAUCUAUUGUUUGCCCUCUAAUGAAAAUAAACCACCCGCAAAUGCCUCUAAGCUCCCAUCCAACCAGCUCAAGCUGAAGAUCCAGACGGAAAAUAAUCUCCCUGAAAGCCCCGAUCAACGAACCUCAUUGAAAGAUGUAAAGUCCGCGGGACAAGCGUUGAAGAUUCUCAAAGAAGCUGCACAUCUUGGAGAGCAGGAGUUUUGUGUUUUGACAGAAGUCACAUCAAAACUGGGAAACUCGCUGUGGAACCAACUGGAUUCCAAAUAUCCCGCCAUUCACAAGACUUUCCUUCCUGUCCAGGGAAUUUUCGAGAUAAAGAGGCCGGGAUGGGCACAUCAAGUGAUCCUACCAUGGAUGUUUACAAAUCAUGGUAAAUGGGUUAAGCACUUGAACCUUUUUACAGACGCAGACCUGGAAGACCUGGAGAUCCGGGCUAGCCCGAUAGUCGACUUUACUACCGGACCAUACAAAGGCAUGCGAAAAGAACUGGAUCUCCUGUUUGUAUCUAGCCGGGCAACAAGUACUGCGCCAGGAAAGUCUCCUCUCCCAUCAAUCAUGGUUGAAGUUGGAUACUCGCAAUCAUACACGAGCCUCAAAGAGAAUGCCGAAAGAAUUCUCAUCAGAGGGGCCCCGGAGAUUGGAAUUGUCAUAAUCAUCAAGUCCUACACUCGCAAACGCGGAAUAGCUUCGCACGCUAUUUUCCCGGUCCCAACUCCUCCUGAGCCACCUCUGUCAUUCACCCGUGAAGACAUUUUGGGCAAAGGAAUUGUAAUGACUGGCCGGCCUACUACAGAUGUUUUCCCCUUCGACCUCAAACUACUGCGGAGAAAGAUCCGGUCCUACCUCUAG